AGGGAACGAGAGCGGGGCCGGAGCGGCGGAGGAGCCGCGCUGAGGCGAGGGGCAGCCCCGCCGCGUCCGUCGCUCCCCGCCGCCUCGCCCUCCAGCGCGUUUCUCGUCAGGGAACAGCUCUGCUCCCCCGCGGAGCCCCCGUCCGCUCCCGCCGCCCAUCAGGAGAAGUCCCGUCCCCCCCCCCCCGCCGCCCUAAGCGCGCCGCCGGUCCCGCCCCUCGCUAUGUCCGUGGGCCGGCGCCUGGCCCGCCUGGCCGCCCACCUGCAGGACCCGCGCAAAGUGGCCGCGUUCCAGCGGCUCUGCGGCGUGGAGGGGCCCUCGGGCUGGGCCGGCGCAGGGCAGCGGGGGCCGGUGGCGAACGGCGGCCCCGCGGGCGGGCAGGCGCAUCCCACCGGGAACACCGCCGGGAACGGCGCCGUGCCCGGCGCGGCGGGACCCCCGCGGCCCUGGAGUAGGAGGCCGCGCCGCAACUCGCUGACGGAGGAGGAGGACGGCAGCCAGGAGUUCGCCACCCGCAGCCGCUUCCUCUACUAUCUUUUCAGCCUGGGCACGGAACUGGGCAACGAGCUCUUCUACAUCCUCUUCUUCCCCUUCUGCAUCUGGAACCUGGACGCCUGGCUGGGCCGGAGGCUCAUCAUCAUCUGGGUGUGGGUGAUGUACCUGGGGCAGUGCACCAAGGAUGUGAUCCGCUGGCCGCGUCCCGCCUCGCCGCCCGUGGUGAAGCUGGAGGUGUUCUACAACUCGGAGUACAGCAUGCCCUCCACCCACGCCAUGUCGGGCACCGCCAUCCCCCUGGCGCUGCUGCUGCUCAGCUACGGCCGCUGGCAGUAUCCUUUUAUGUUUGGACUGAUCCUUGCACUCUGCUGGUGUUCUUUGGUUUGCUGUAGUCGAAUUUAUAUGGGAAUGCAUUCAAUUUUGGACGUUAUUGCUGGGUUUCUGUAUGCUAUUCUUAUCUUGGUUGUCUUCCAUCCAGUUGUGGACCUGAUUGAUAACUUCAACUUGACUUACAAAUAUGCACCCUUAAUUAUCAUCAGUCUCCAUUUGGCCCUGGGCAUCUUCUCCUUUACCCUGGACACGUGGAGCACGUCGCGAGGAGACACGGCUCAGAUCCUGGGCUGUGGUGCCGGCGUGGCCUGCGGCUCUCACGUCAACCACAUAAUGGGCCUCCAGCUGGAUCCUCCUCCCCACACCUUACCGUUGUCCCUGUCCUCCCUCACCGUGACUGUGUUUGGAAAAGCCAUCCUGCGGUUGUUGAUCGGGGUGAUAGUUCUGCUGUUAACAAAAGUGGCCAUGAAAAAAGCCACGAUCCCCCUGGCCUGUAAAAUAUUUCGCAUCCCGCACGGCGACGUACGGAAAGCACGGCAGCGCAUGGAAGUUGAGCUUCCCUAUCGCUAUAUCACCUAUGGAAUGGUUGGGUUCUCCCUCAUGUUUAUUGUUCCUUGCCUCUUCCAUUUCAUUGGUCUUUCCUGAUGCAGUUUGAGCACGUUAAAUAGGGAGAACAGAGCUAGUUGCUUUUUGGAGGUGCACUAGUUUGCUACGGGAAGGCCGGCGAGCUUGGCUUUAGCAGGGUCUUCACAUUGACAGCAGUAGAAAGCAGGCAAAGCAUUUAGAGGGCUUUGCACAUCUCUGGGGAUGCUGUAGGGCCAGCAGUCAAGUAUCAGUCCAGGAGAGGUGCUGAACUCUGUAAAUGCUGUGUCUAGACUUAUUGCUGUAACAAAGUCUGUGUGUGUGUGUGUGAUGCAGUGAAUGUAUCUGGGAUGUCUGUCAGUCUGUACCUGUGUACACUGACACUUUAACAGGUAUGUCUGACAACUAAUCAGAAGGCUCCAUUCAUCAUCUGUUUGCCAUUUCAUGGUAAUUUACUCAAGUUGUUGGACCAUAGGCUGCUAAAUUUGCUUUCUUCUGUUCUUUCCUGAAGUCCUGCUUCAAGAUGUUUCAGCUAAUAGGUAUUUCUAAUGGACCAAACUUGUAAUGAGGUUGAAUUUUUCUAAAUAAACAAGCAGAAGCCUUUUUCUUUAGCCCCCUCUACAGAGUAAAAUGUCUGGAUUAGCAUUGGUAGAUAUCAUUAGAGUAUACAUAAUUCAGGUACUGUAUUUUAUGGUUUGAUAACUGUGCCUUUCUGUUGCUAAAUUAAGAAAUGCCAUAUAUACUGUGAUGUAAAAAUGCCUAAUUUUUAUUUAAAAUCUUACAUAAUUAGGCAGAUAUUUUGAAAUGUUAGAUUGUCCGUGUUGCUGACAUGGUUCAAGUUAACCAGAAUAUUCAGUUUUGCCUGAUCAAAAUUGAGUAAUGAAAUAGCCCAAAAAUUGUGUCUGUGAGCUCAAGAUGUUGUAAAUGAACAAUAAUCCCUUUUGUAAGUAUUUUUAAUGUGUAUUGUAAGUUACUGGAAGAGGAUAUAUUUUUCUGGAGAUUGUUUAUACAGUGGACAGAUAUUCAAAAUUAAUUAUUUAAACAUAUAAACAAUAAAAACACCCCAUUCUGCAAGGAAAUGGGCUUCACUUAUUAUUCCAAACUAAUCUAGAAGGACCACUGCUUUUAGGUAUUUGGUUAGAAAAUAUAAUCCUUAUUCUAGAAAAUAUAUGUAUUUUUAUGCAUUAACAUACUAUAUUUAAAGGUGAUAGUCACUUUUACCCAGUUUAGAUAGCUAUAAGACAAUGUAAAGAUCAAAUUAAAUUUUUAAUCAUUCUGACUGACAGAUGGUGAGCAGUCAAGACAGUAUGGUCAAUGCAUGAACUGUUUGUGCAUAUCUAAAUUUUACAGCUUUUCAUGGUCCUUUUUCCAGUGAUGAGUAGGAUAUGACCCUUCAACUGUAUUUUCAUGUGCCUAUUUCUGUUUCAUUUUGCCUUGUUCAUGUGUUGCCCAAUGUGUUCUUUCCGUGUCAGGAACUGUUAUUCCAGGAAGCGCUGUCUCAGUGACAGACACAAAUUACUUAAUUUUGCAUUGUAUGUUUCUCUUUCAGGAAAAGCAUCAUUUGGUUGGGAAAUACAGUGAUUAGAUAGAAUGCAAAGCUUAAAUUUUUUGUAAACGUUAUUUGGAAUUGGAAGGGGUUUGUUUUGUUUUUGUUUUUGUUUUUUUUUUGUAUUGGAGAUCAUAUCUCCAAACUGUUACUGUGUAGAUUUACGAAAUCAACUUCACUUUCUUUGAAGCAGAGGAAUUUAUGGUACACUGGCACCAGACCAUGUGAAAAAUAACUUUUCUGAUGCAUUUCUCCAGUGCACCCCGAAUGCACCGCUAUGAAUGUAUUCAAACUGAGGAAUUCAGAGCUGAGGGGGUGUUGAACAACUUGUGUGGUUGAAAAGACCUUACCCAGUAGAAAAAUGGUUCCCUUGUUUCUGUGCAUAUUUCUGCAUUUGAUUUUUUUUCUCUCUGUUUCCCUUUUACAGUUCAAUGCUGAAUGUGCAGUAAAGGGUAAAUUGGUUUCUGAGGUUUUGAGGGUGGGAUUUCCACUGGUUUGGCUUUGCACACCAAGAUAGCCAUUAAAUAAAUAGCUGGGGGAAUGUACACAAAAUGCCUUAUGCUUAAAGCCCUGAGAAAGUGCUGUAGUUUCAAUUAUAUUAAAUUAGUCUGAGGACUGGUGAAAAUAAUAGGAUAGCUUUCUCUAAAGUUUAGGGCAUAUUCUCCUUGAAUAUCCUAGCUUUACAGUUUAUAGCAAAAAAUGUUUAAAUUCUAGCACAGAAAAGUGAGCAAAACUAAUUUUUAAGGUACAUAUUGGACUUUUAGACACUUCAAGUUUACAGCAUAUAGAGUGUAGCUCAAGCUGUCUUUUCUAGCUGUGCUUGCUCUCUUGUAGUAUUAAUGGAACAUGAAGUGUAGUGUGGAGGAUAUAGAAGGGGUGGAAAGGAUCACACACAGGUAGAGCUUUCAACAGGCUAAGGAAAAUUGCACUGUAUCUUAUUCUACUGUUACUCAUGAAUAUAUAUUUUAUAUUUUUAUACAUUACACUGAGUAACUUCAAAAUGUCAUGUUCCAUGUACCACAGUCUGGUCCCCAGGAAAUGCACAUCAGAGUGUUUAUGCAGCACCUUCACAACUCUGUCUCUUCAGACUGCAACUACUUUACUGAAGUUUACAUGAGAAAAAGUUUUACUCUUCUAUUUUCAUGUUUUAUAAGGGGUUAGGCUCAAGAGGGCAGUUUAGCACAAAUGUCAUGCAAUACAAAUACUGUUAGAGAAUAAAGAAUCACAGAAAUGCAAACACUUAAAAAUCCCAACGUAAAUGUUUGUAUUGUAGUAUAAUUUUGUUUACUAAUAAGCUGAGAUUCUUUGGAAUUGGGCAUAACAAAGCAGCAGGUAGAACUGGAGCACUUUUUGCCCUAACCUAUUCCUAGAGUUGAAC